AGAAGGGGCUCACAGAGAAUGCACUGUUAGAGGACAGAGAAGCAGGCUGAGUGUUUACAGCCCGCGUAGGUAGAUCACCGCACCGACACUGGCGCUACAAGUCCGAGCGGAGGGAAACAGUGAGAAACAGAGAGGGAGAUUCACACGUACGAGGAGAGAAGCGGAGUGUGGCGGGAGAUUGUUGGGAGUGUUUGGGCAACAGGAGCUCAAGGUAGCCAGGAAGAGGGCAGCCAAGCCUGAGGAGAUGCUGUGAGGAAGCGUGCCAAGUGAUGGAGCUUGAAGCAGCCAGCAGGCGGAUACAAUUAGUCAGAAUGGAUGACCAGGACAGAGUAAGCCAAGCUUCCAGUGUAGCCACUAUUUCCUACUUUCCUGUGACAAAGGAAAGUGAUGGGAGGGUGCAAACAUUUGGGAAAAGAUGUCAAGCUGCCAAGAGAGACCCCAACUGCCCUGUGGUUAUUAGAGGAUGGCUCAACAAAAAAGAUAGCUCUGGUUUGAAGCUCUGGAAGAGAAGAUGGUUCGUUCUCUCCAACUACUGCCUGUUUUACUAUAAAGACAGCAGAGAAGAAUCUGUGCUCGGCAGCAUCCCACUCCCAAGCUACAAAAUCCUGUUCUGCACACCACGGGAAUGCAAGAACAGAAAGUUCACCUUCAAGGUGGUGCACCAGGGAAUGCGCUCUUACUUCUUCAGCGCCGACACUCAGGAGGAUAUGUUGGGUUGGGUCCGAGCCCUCAGUCAGUCUGCAGCGAUGGAGCCAGACAGCUCCAUGAACAGGCGUUGCUCAAGUUAUCAGGAUUUCACACAGAUAGGUGGCAGCAGUGAAUCUGUGGACUUCCCUAAAUCCCCCUCCGAUGGAGAAGGUCCUUCCCAAAAACACAGGCACGUCAGCAGGACUCUGAGCGAACCGAGCCAUCUCACCGGUGGGAGGAUGGGGACGUCGCACUCGGAGCACAGGGGGAGGCGGAGAGUGCGUCACAGAAACAGCAGCCCUUCAAACAGAACACCCAGUCCCGCUGAAUUCAGCAGGAGAAGAGCUUUCGGUCCAAAUCAAGAGGAGGAUUCUUUUCCAGGUCAAAACACACCACCCACCCAAACAGAAAUUAUGGGAACAGGUUCAUUGACCUCCAGAGGGCAGCUUGGGUCCCGACCUCAUACGCCAGUGGGAAGGGUUGACAUUCGACCUCACGAUGACCCGGUCAUGGUGCCACAGACCCUAUACUACGCACCUGCCUCACCUAAGCUGGAGUUCAAAUCCACUCCGACUACUCCAGUCUCAGAAAGGUGGCAGAACCUCAGCCAGCCUACACCUACAUACGGUUCAGUUCAUCAUAUGCCGAGUGGGAGAAGACCUCUAGGAAAGAGCUACUCUACGGGGGCACAUGCAGACUUACUGCCCCCUCUGCCCCCCUCAUCGAGAGCCGCACAUGCUCCCCACCCACCACACCACCACCACCACCAUCACCACCAUCUCCGCAGCCAUUUAUCUGUUUGUGUGCUACCGCCAGCCAUGGCCCAGAAGCAUGACUCGAGAGAAACCCCACCAAUCAGACCUCUUGAAAGUGAUGCAGACGCUGUGUUGACAAGGUUGUGCGGGUGUGACAAGCUGCUACAAUCACUGUCUGUAGAACUGGCCCAGCUGCAAAUGGAUAAGGACAGUGUCCAGUGUGCGUUAGAGGUGUCCAGACUGCAGCUGGAGGAGUGGCAGAGCCAGGGGCCCCGAGCCCAGGAAGAGGCACUGACCCAGAAGGCUUUGCUCCAGGAGGAUCUGGUCACAAUCCGAGCCAGAAUGUGUGACGUAUCAUUGGAAAUGGAGAGGGUGUGGAGUCAAUAUGAGCGAAUGGAGAGUGAACUGUCUGUUAUACGCUCACACCUUCAGCACAUCUGUAACUUUGGAAUACCACAGGAGCAGUCUCAGGCUCAGAGAGAGCUGUGGAUGAUGGAGGAUAUACUCGCUGGACUGAAGGUCAACAGGGAUCAUUUCCGCUUCUUGCUGGGACUACAGAGGCACAACAUGUUCCAGCAGCCAGCCCCACAUCCUGGAUCCCCUGGCUCUCCCACAGAGAGGCUGCACAGUGGACUGCCAAUGGAUGUGGAACAAGAGCCACCAGCACGUCCAGCCUUACCCCAGGAGCUACUGGAAAGCCAACAGGGCCACGGCUAUACAGAGUCACCAUAUGAGGGAAUCUACAGCCACGCUGUUGAUCCUGCACAUAGAAGAGGGAACAGCCAGCCUGACCUCCUUCAUGUGAAAGCACCGAGAGACGCAUCCGACUCUCAGUCUGGUUCAAAGUGGAUCCCACCAGACACAGCCAACCAAUCAACCAAGAAGAUGAAGAUGAGUGAAGAAGAGCAGCUUGAGAGGAUCAAGAGAAAUCAAGAGAGGUUGACAAAUAGGAAGAAACCUCCCAUGCCCACUCCAGGUGUCCCGAGUCAAAGUUCAGAAACACGAGAGGAGGCCCCCUUUCCUUUAAGGGUGACACGUGUGGUUACAGCUGUACUGCCAUCCUCUCUUGUGGCCCGACGGGUUUCUGUCGAGGAUCCCCCGGCUGAGCUUGACACUCCACUGCCUGAGCAGAUCCCACCUGAGAUGCAGCAAAGACUGGCUGAACAGAGUAAAAAAAUGUCGAAUAAGCCACCUAGGCGUCUGCUGCUGGAAAGCCCUGAUCAAAACCGGUCUUUGGCAGAAAUGCAGCAGGAUCAGCCCGUUAAAAGGACAAGCAGACAGCAGCAUCUGGGUGCGCUGAGGUCUUCCAAGAGAGAGUCACGGGCAGACGCGAGCAGAGCUGAGGCUACAGAGACCUCAAGGAAUCAAGCUAGAGACCAUGCAGGUUUAGGAAAUGGAAGAGAGAGCUCAGACACUAGGCAGGCGGAAGAACGGCCCACUGCCCUCCUCACCCCUGACAUGGACCCUGACCUCUGUCUGACCCCUGAGCAGAGAGAGGCCAAACUCCGACGUGUGGAACGAAUACGGGAGAGAGUCAUACGAAGCGCAGUCAGAGAGAGUGUUUCUACACACAAUCAACAACCAAUCAGGGGGGAGAAGCAGGAUGUUCUCCAGGUGCCCCCUGACACAGCUAGAAAACAAAGGAUGAAAUUAGAUCUUGAAAGCCAACCAUGUUACGUUGGAAACUACGGGGAUAAUCCAAGAAGUCCAGCAGAACUUGAGUUUUCUAGUGGAACAUCUCAAGAUGAAGACGAAAGAGACGCACGUGUGAAAAAAUUUAAAAGUCAGGUCAAUUUUGGGGACAAAACACAACGCAAAGAUCACAGUGGAAGAGCAGGGGUUGCCAAAACUAAGAUCAGACGUCCAGCUUCACCAUAUCAUAUAUCAUCUAUGACUGUCUACCAGAAAGACGGAGGCAAGGGAUUUGUAAGUUGCAAGGUUGAAGAGGAGACAAAGCUUGAAGAACCUGCUGCUGAUGACAAUGAAAGUAACUCUUCAUCCACGGAUGUGAGAGCCAAGUGGUUCCUCUCCACCAACCAGUGGCAAGGGUUCAUACCUUUGCAGAUCCCUGGCAUAGACUCAUUGUGCAGUGAGGAGAUAACAGACAUCGAGCAACAACCAGCAUGCACUGAUGACGUGACUGAGUCCAGCGAAAUGUCAUCCACAGUGUGCGAGAGCUUAGAGAAAAUGAAAGAGAACCAUUCACUCUUCUAUAAGAUUGCAUGUGACAUCAGUAUCUCAGACACAGACAUAACAAAGAAUGACGGGAAUACCAGUGUCCAACCGCCUUGUGGGCCAGAAGAGGAAGAAGAGCCGCCGAUGGCUGAGUCUGUACCAGUUGACGCGACCAGUAAUGUUGGAACAUCUCCUAACCAAGACAGCAAGGAUUCCAGCAUAAGUUUGCCAUCAGAUGUUGAUGAAAACAGCCUCUCAAAUGAUAAUAAACUCCAAGAUUCAACAGUGGAAACCCAGGACAAAGCAGCGUUAAAUACCUCAGUCAGUCCAGCAACAGAGACACGUGUUUAUGAAGAGAACCAACAAAAAGAAUGUGAAGACACCUCGACGCAAGAGAGCCAGUUGAAAGUCAAAGAAGCUAAUCAUGGCGCUUCUGCUCAGGACGCUGGUUCUAACCAGGGCCAGGGUGAAUGUGCAAAGAACGGAGAGGAACACAGUUGGGCGAAAGAGUCAGAGGAGAAGAAGGUGGACCAAGAGAGAUCGGAGGAGCUGAGGAAAUCUCGUAGUUCAAGUGAGGAGAACAAGGAGACAGUCCAAGAACGAGGCGGCAACAACUCCGUCACUCCAUCCAGCUCUGUGUAUGAGGGCGGACGCAUGAUUCGGAGUGCCUCUUUUAGGAAGGCACGAGUAACAGUGUUAAGGACAAGUUUGUAGGAGCGAGAACAGUGACGGCUUAAGGAGCUUAAAUGAACGAACUUGGGAAGGACAAGAACAGAGUUAAGUGAUUUAUAGUAAAGGAAAAUGCCUCAGGAAGAAGACUUAAAGUGUUUGAAGGAAACUGGACCUAACUUUGAGUUAGAAAAUGGUAAAAUGGGAACAUACAAUAUCAGAAAUGGACAUGAUCUUUGGUAAACUUGAACAAUUCCAUUAUUCAUAAUAUGUGGUUGAAUGCAGAUAAAAAAAAAAAAGUCUUAAGAAAAUUUCAUCAAAAUGAAAUCUAUGUAUGCAAAUAUAGUGUUGUUCUUGCAGUUGGUAAACACCAAAUAUCUGGUGUAUAGUUGCAGUCAAAUACAUGCCCAGAAUUUGAGGCUAACACUUUCAUUCCUCUUCAGAUAUACAUCUAACAUAACACAGAAAUGAUAGAUGAUGGCUGCUUAUGGACGGCAACAUAACCCUGUUUUUAUCACUGUAACAGAAUGUGUUUUGUAUCUCAAAUAUCCUGAUUAAUAAACAUGCUGUGUGCCACACUGA